AUGUCCAUGACUUCCGGAACCAUUGCAGAAUUUGAUAUCGUACUCUCGGUUUCCAAAGAGGUGAUUAACAGACAGCUGAGGCUACUCUACGAAAAACAGACUAAUGACGAUGGGGACGUCAAUCCCACCAAAGACACUGUGGAGGGAGAUUUCAUGCCCCUCAUGUCCAAACAACCCACUUGUGCUUGGCUACGGUAUCUCGUAGAAGGUGCCAGAUAUGCGGAUAUUAACCCCAAGGCCGAUCUUUAUCUGACCCCACGCUUCUUCAUUUUAAAGACGUUUCAAAUGACAACAACCGCAGGCAGUGUGCAACUAGAUGGAACAAAGUUCACAAGUGGCACUGAACUUUUGCUUGUCAACCCAUCACGAAUACUGGGCCAGAAUUCUGCUGUUGAAUUGCAUGGACACAAGGCCAAUUUAUAG